CAGUGAUCGAUCUUCAACAUAGUUUACUUUAUAAACAUCCAAAUUGGUUUAAUACAUCUGAUGAUAUUAAAACUAAAAUAAAAAAAAAUAUUCAUCUUACACUUGCAGAUAUUUUUAAACAGUUAAAACAACAAAAUCCAAAUUUAACUCAAAAACAAGUUCAUGAUAAUGAUGAAUCAUCACAAAUAUUCGAAGAAUAUAAAUUACUACUUCAAGAUGCACUUAAAAUUGUACAAGAACAAGAAAAUGGCAAUAAUAUUCAAUAG